CUCCAGCACCCACUCGGGCAACGGAGCCAGCGCCAGCCGCGCCGCGCACUGACUCGGCCGUCCAGAAGCGGCAAAUGCUGCUGUGAUGCGAGACGAAGCGAAGCUACGCGAGCAUAUUGGCGCGGUCCUGGCCGGCGAUCGCAAUCGCGCGGCCGAAUUGCCCUUUUCGGCUUCUGUUGUUAUUGCGCCAGAAGGCCCGCGCCGUUUGUUGUCCCCGGGCAUUUUCCCCACCGCUGAUGACCCUGUUGCCGCUUUGGGAACUGCUGCUGACUUGCCGAUAAGUAAUCAGGCACAGUGCUGUUGCUGCCAAUCACUCAUGCGUUGAUCGUCGCUCGACGGCUCCUCGUCAUCUCCGUGAUAGUGCUUGCUGCGCCGUUGGCGUUGCGCAUGCUGCUGCAGUGCUGCUUUGCUUUGCGCGCACUGCCCGCUCUCCUCCUCUCUCCCUCACACACACACCCUCUUAACUAACGACCUACCGA